AUGUUGUAUUUGCACCGUCAUAGGAAGGAUCGUAAGCCCAAGAAGCCCCCUCUUUUGUGUGCCCUCGUUCUCACACACUUUCACUCUUUGACAGAGAACUCCUCACCCAGGUGCCCCUUCAACUAUUUCGACCCUGCCCCCUCCUUUCCUCCCACUGGGAAGACACUUGGAAUAUUUUCACAAGAUGCAUCUUCUCUCUCUAUCAUCCAAGGGAAAUUGUCAGCGGAUGCUGUAACAACCACCUUCCCAUUGGUGGCCUUUCCUCAAGUAAGAAUCAAGGGUUGGCAGACAGUUUCUUUCGGAUGUCCAAAACGACCUUUCAAGACACCUCCUCUUGAGUCUUGCCCCACCUUCGGUCUCCAUCACCAUCGCACCAGCCAAGCAACUGACGUCAGCCACCCUCAUGAUUUUUCCCUCUCGCGUUUGCCGAAAGAACCCCAUAAUCCUGCGGUCUGUACACCGGUACAGCGGCGUUCAUCGAUAAUAAUCAGGUCCGAACUUGCAGCGCCCUCGUGA